UAAUAUCCCGCCCCUUAGAGGGCGGUGCAGGGUUCUGGUUCCGCCCCCACCGGAGCCGAGUCGUCUCUGCCCUGCAUUCCGCCUCAGUCGCUGAGGAGCUCGGUGAAUUGUCAACGCGCUGCGGGCGACUGCUGAGCGGGAACCGCUGGGCUGGUAGUGCUUUUCCUGAGGUGUCCGCCGGAGCCCUGGUGCCCCGGUGCGCUGGGGAGUGAGCAGUCGCCGACUCCCGGCAACUUGGGACCCAGGACCCACCCACAACAGAAGCUUCGAUUUGCCUUCGGGACUCAACCAGGAGGAUGGAAAUCCUGCAUGAACGAGGAAGCCAUUAGCAGAGUAAUUGCUGUCUGUUACCAUGACAACCAGCCGCUGCAGUCACCUGCCCGAAGUCCUGCCAGACUGCACCAGCUCAACUGCGCCCGUGGUGAAGACUGUGGAGGAUUGUGGCAGCCUCGUGAAUGGGCAGCCACAGUAUGUCAUGCAAGUUUCAGCCAAGGACGGGCAGCUGCUGUCAACAGUAGUGCGGACUCUUGCCACACAAAGCCCCUUCAAUGAUCGGCCAAUGUGCAGGAUCUGCCAUGAAGGUAGCAGCCAAGAGGACUUGCUCUCUCCAUGCGAAUGCACAGGGACCUUGGGGACAAUUCAUCGGAGCUGCCUGGAGCACUGGCUGUCAUCCUCAAACACCAGCUACUGUGAACUCUGCCACUUCAGGUUUGCAGUGGAGCGCAAACCCAGGCCGUUAGUGGAGUGGCUCAGAAACCCUGGUCCUCAGCAUGAGAAGCGGACUCUCUUUGGCGACAUGGUGUGCUUCUUGUUCAUAACACCCCUGGCCACCAUCUCGGGCUGGCUGUGCCUGCGAGGUGCCGUGGACCACCUGCACUUUAGUAGUCGGCUGGAAGCCGUUGGGCUGAUCGCACUCACUGUCGCACUCUUCACUAUUUACCUCUUUUGGACACUAGUGUCAUUUAGGUACCACUGUCGAUUAUACAACGAAUGGCGUCGGACCAAUCAGAGGGUGAUUCUCCUCAUUCCAAAGUCUGUCCACUUACCUUCCAACCAGCAGUCCUUGCUGGGCCUGCACUCAGUCAAGAGGAACUCCAAGGAGACAAUUGUGUGACGUGUGGUUGACUGGUUGACACGUUGUCCGGAGCCUGGAAGUUUCUGCACUGGGGCCAUGCACCAAGCCGCCUCCAGUCCCUCCUGAGGCCUGAGGGUCAAAACAUCCAGAGGCGCAUUAACAUGCAGCCCCCUGAGCAGCGAAACCUGCCAGAAGAAAGCAAAUUAUGUUUGCUGCAAACAAAUCAUGGAUGCUGCAUUCACAUGAUACUUGCUGAGCUGCCAAACAUGUUUAUUUAGCAGAUACUGUAUGGGAUUUUCUGAACACCUCUUUAACAUAUGAGGAAGAUUGUUGUGCUAAGGGUGCAAUCCAAUUCUUCCUUUUUUAUUACUAUUUCAAAUAUAUAAAUAUAUAUAUAUUAAACUUAGAUGAUAAUCAAAAUGGAAAGGUCAAUGUAAAAACUGGUUUCUUGGUUUGAAUGGGCUUCGUUUCGGUUAGCUUGUUUCACAGUUUCUACUGUGGAUUCUCGGGGGGUAUUCUGAUAGGCUGACUUGUCUUUUUCAUCUUGUUCCUGUCCCUUACUCAAGGAGAUAGUACAAAGACUGCAGAGCAACUUGUGUUGGAAGGCUGUUUUAUACUAAACUUCACUUAACUAUUCAGGUUUUAAAGAGAGAAAAAGGCAUGGCAACUGUCCACCCGGUGAGCUGUUUAUUUAAAUACCAUUAAGAAGGAAAAAAUUUAAGAAAACUUGUUUGGUACCGAGAGCUGAUAGAAGAUAUUUUCUAAUAAUAAAUAUCCAGUGCGUGAAAGACAAAUCCCACUGAUUGCAAUACUCUCUCAUUCUUUUUUUU